AAACCAUUUAUCAUUUUGUAGUGAAAAAUUCACAUUUCUUCUCUAAUCUUCCUCGGAAUCACAGCGGUAAAACUUGUGUCUGUUCUUAAAUCAAUGAAAGUCGCAGAAGGGCGCACUUUCCAAUCUGAGCCACAAGUUGCCGAACAAACCGAACCCUCAUCCUCAGAAUCACGAUGCGGCUACAGUUGCAAUUUCUCCGCCACAACAUCGCCUUAUCACCGUCGCCAUCGUCAGUACCCGCCACCUUCUUCACUUCAACUCCUCCAAUUUCGUACAGUUGGCAAUUGAGAGUCAGGACACCGAAGCUGACGCUGCCGCCGCUCGAAUCGCGGAGACCGAAACUCGUAGUUUCGGCAACGGCAGCUCCAGAUAAUCGGCCUCUGGAUCUGACGGAGGAUAACGUGAGACAGGCACUGGAUGACGCUCGUGCGGAGCUCGCACAGAUCUUCGACGCCUCCGUCGGCAUUACAGGAGUGGUGGAAUUGGCGGAAUUAGAUGGACCAUUUGUGAAGAUUAGUCUUAAAGGUCGAUUUUGGCAUAAACGUUCCACAGUUGUAGCUCGGGUGGGCAAUUAUUUGAAGCAGAGAAUCCCUGAGAUUUUGGAGGUUGAAAUAGAAGACGAGAGUCAAUUGGAUGAUAGUCCUGCAAGCUUUUAAUCACCCAGAAACUGAGUAGCUACCAUAUUGGUAUGAACCAUGAACCCACCCAACAUACAAAUUUUAUUGUUCUUCAUAGCUUAUUGGUGUUUAUGCUUGUUUUAUGGGGAAAGCAUAUGACUUAACCCAAGUUGAUAUUUGUUUUGAUUGCUUAAACACACAAUGAUCUAAUCAUCCAACUAAUACAAAAUUAGGACAUUAAUCAUUAAA